GAGUCCCUGAAGCUCAAAGAUCUGCCAAAACUCACCCGAUUCUGCACAACUAAUUUAGUUGAAUGCUCUGCCUUAAAAGAGAUUUGCAUACAAAACUGCCCACAAAUGAGAACAUUUGUUUCCAAUUCUCCAACUUCAAAUAAUGAACUUGAAAUUAUAAACUCUGCUCUGUUUGAUGAAAAGGUUGCAUUCCCAAACUUGGAGAAAAUGCAGAUUCUUAAUAUGGAUUAUUUGAACAUGCUAUGGCAUAAUGAACUCCAUUCAAAUUCUUUUUGCAAAAUAAACGCAUUAACGGUAGAGCACUGUAAAGAACUACUUAAAAUCUUUCCAUCCAUGUUGCUGAGAGGCCUCCAGAAUCUUGAGGAUUUGAUCAUAGGCAAUUGUGAUUCACUGGAAGAGGUUUUUGAUCUACAAGAGAUAAUAAAAUUGAAAGAAACAGUGACCAUUCAGUUGAGAACUCUGAACAUAAGAAACCUCCCUAAUUUGAAGCAUGUAUGGAAUAAGGAUCCUAUGGGACUUGUCUUGUUUGAUAACCUAAGUUCAGUGGUGGUUUGGGAUUGUCCAAAUCUAAAAGCUAUUUUCCCAGCUACGAUAGCUAAAAAUCUGCUGCAGCUAGAGACACUAGAUGUGGAAAGUUGUGGUGGGGUGGAGGAAAUUGUUGCUCAGGACCAAGGAACAGAAGCAAGUAUAGAGUUUCUUUUUCCUUGCUUAGAGUUCUUGAUUCUUAGGGAAUUAAAUGAACUCAAGUGCUUCUACUCAAGAAUACACACUUUGGAAUCUCCAUUACUGAAGCGUUUAACUGUGUAUCACUGUGAGAAAUUAAAUAUCUUUUGCCCUGAAUCUGAAAACUUGCUAAAGACAGAUACGGAGAGCCAGGCUAUGAUUCAGGAUCCACGACCGCUUUUCUCGUUUAGAAAGGUUGUCUCCAACUUGGAGAAGUUAACUCUAACAAGAAAGGAUGCGGCAAUGAUAUUGGAAGGCCAAUUUCCGGCUGAUCUCUUUCACAAACUCACAACCAUUGGGAUACAUUGCUUUCAUGAUGAAUCUGCCGUUUUUCCAUUUGAUCUCCUUGAAAGAUUUCAGCCUAUGGAAAGUCUUGUAGUAGGUUGUAGUCAAUUCAAGGAGCCGUUCCCAUGUGAUGGCUCUGUUGGUAGGAAAAAAUAUGCUGAGGUUCUUAGACUGAUACGGGGACUUACGUUGAAUAACCUUCUUGAUUUGACGGAUAUAUGGAACCAAGACUCCGAGAUAGACCAAGUUCUACAGUCUCUUGAACUUCUUCAUGUUGAGAGGUGUAACAGUCUGGUUGCUUUAGCACCAUCCUCUACUUUCCAAAAUCUAAUCACGUUGGAAAUGUUGAAAUGCAAUGGAUUACUUAGUCUAGUAACAUCUUCCACAGCAAAAAGUCUGGUGCGACUUACAACAAUGAGUAUAAAAGAAUGUGAUGGAUUGAAAGAGAUAGUUGCAAAUGAUGGAGAUGAAAUUGAAUUGAAAGAGGAUAUUAUCUUUAGCAAAUUGGAAAGUUUGGAACUUCAUUAUUUGCCGAGCCUCGUUUGCUUUUGUUCAUCAGAACACAGCUUCAAAUUCCCCUCUUUGAAAAAUGUAAUUGUGAAGCAAUGCCCCAAGCUGCAGGUUUUCUCAAAAGGAGUCUUGAGCACAAGCAGCCUGCUGGGUGUACAAAAAGAUGACCAAUGGCAUUGGAAUGGCAAUCUCAAUGCUGCUAUACAACAAUUGUUUGCAGAAAUGAUGAUGUACAGAAUGCUAGAGAAUAUUGAAUUAUCAGCCCAAAGGUGAUGCCAAGCACAAAAGUCAUAUCAAAGGUUAAUGUGAGCUUGGUACUAUUGCAAACAACCUAGCUAAAAUCAUGUAUUAUGGCUUCUGUCUACCAUUGGAUUCUUAUCGAACUAUAAUUACUUCUGCUUUGGUCUUUGUUUUGUAUAUUCCUACUAGUUUGUGUUUACUUUAUAUUUCUAGAAUAUGUAUAUUGGGACGGUGUGAUACUGAGUGCUUAAUGGCCGAUGUAUGUUAAGUUUUUUCUUAGUGAUUUUUAAUAUUAGUUAUAUUUUGUGCUAAUGUACUGCUUUUGUGAUAUAUUUGGGAAUCAAGAAGGCCUAAGGUGUUUGAA